AUGGCCCUUUACUUCCCCCACAUCCAGGUCCAUUGGCGGUCAGCCCUCAACCGCAUAGUAUCACCCCUGCAGAGUCACUGUACUCAUCACCCGAAUCCGCUCCCACAUCCUCCGACGCAGACCGUCAGGUACGAGUCAUCAGCUCACGACCCAAGCCCCAAUGUUGGGAUCAUGGGUGCAAUGGGCGUGAAUUCUCAACAUUUAGCAAUCUGCUCCGCCAUCAAAGGGAGAAGUCAGGCGUCGUUGCAAAAGCCGAAUGCCCCAGCUGUGGUGCUGUUUUUACUCGCACAACAGCACGAAAUAUCCAUGUGGCUCAGGGGAAAUGCAAGAGUGGAAGAGAGUCUUCUGCAGAAUAGCGUACCAGACUUAUACUUGAGUAAAUACAAUACGCAGUCCUCUUCGCGAUUGAAUGGUUAUGUGAGAGCAAUAAAGUCUCCAGAGGUCUGA